AUAAGCAUGUAUCUGGUGCAAAAUGCAUUAUCUGUUAGUUUACUGAAUGGCUGUAAAGUAAUGUAUUACAGUAUAAGGAAAUGUGCAGCAAAGUCUUUGGAGUGAUCCUAUAGAAAAAGAAACAACACCUAACUUUACCAUCUCCCCUGUGAAUGUGACUGCUCGUGUAUCCUCCAGACUGGCAGAGACGUGGGACAAAGGAGGAGAAAACACUUCAUGGACGAACGUUUUGCCCCCCGACCCUUCUCACCGGAGGCGGCUCUCUGAGUUGCGAGAGAUGGCUUCGGCCGACAGCGAGGUGAAAACCCUCCUGAAUUUUGUCAACUUGGCCUCCAGCGACAUCAAAGCCGCCCUGGACAAGUCGGCUCCCUGCCGCCGCUCCGUCGACCACAGAAAGUACCUUCAGAAGCAGCUCAAGCGCUUCUCCCAGAAAUAUUCCCGCCUGCCUCGGUGCCACCAUCACCACAUGCAGCCCCAACCGCCGCCGCCGCCUGUCAAGGAGCGAAAGGCGGCUGAGGCGAGAACGCGAGGCCUGGCCGCCGCCGACGGCGCAGAGGUUUCUGCAGGCCGAAGUGGCAGCGCCUCCGCCACGCCCCGAGGCGACAAGGCCGCCGAGCCCGUGGGCGAAGCUCACCCUCGCCAGCCCCAGAGCGCCGCCGAGGCGACCCCCAGGCCCGACCAAGUGCCCAUGAGGAAAAGGCAGUUGCCCGCCUCUUUUUGGGAAGAGCCGCGGACAGCUACGGGCCCUCUGAGCGUCAACGGAGUCCUUUUCCCAACGAACGCGUCGCCGCCGCCGCCGCCGCCGCCGCCCCUCAAGGACUCGCCUCUUUAUGAGCGAAAGAAGAGUAAAAAAGGCGCCGACAGCGACGGGACGGGUUCCGCGGCCGAGAGUCCCCAGAACGAGCCGGACAGAGGGGCCGUUAAGGUCCUGAGCGCUUGGAGCUGCUGUCCAUUUCAGUACCACAGACCCCAAGCCUCCCCUGGGGCCUACCCUCCACCUCUCGCGGCCGCCCUGCCCCCAGCUGCCCCCUACUCGACCCUGGGGCUUUGGAGGAAAAACGUGGCCUGCCCAACGGAAGGAGAGGCCUUCUGCAAGCCCGACGGCAGCGGGGCAGGGCAGAAAGUGCACCGGCCUGUGGUAUGGAAACCUAUCCCUACAAAGCCUGCCGCGCCACCUCCCAUCUUCAGCGUGUUUGGGUACAUUUAGGCCGGUGAGCCUUCCUCUGAUUUGCAGUGGCAGGGUAUCUCACUCAGCCUUGGUUGGACCACCCCGAGAUCCACCUUGAGGCCAUCUCCGCGAGAAGGGAAGGCACGCCGGCGAAGGCUGUAGUGAGGCAGUUAAAACUUUCCAGUUCUGAGGCAUGAAAGAAUAACUGGCCGGGUUCUGCUGCCCACGAUGUGGGAUCUUGGUUGUUCCUGAAGUCACACAAAGAAAUGAAAAUGUGAGGGAGGAGCCCCUUUUUUAAUCGGCACCACUCAGUUCUCCAUUGAGCUCUGAAGCACACUGGGGGACUUUGGACCAAUGAUCCUCUCAUAUAGCCUUACCUAUUCUACAGGGUUGUGGAGAAGGUACAUGAGUGGAGUAUAGAGUAGUUUGAACUAUGAACCAUGAGUUCCUUGAAGGAAGGGGAGAAUGAAAAGGAAAAUGAUGAAAUGGAUAACCAUAAAAAUCAUCCAUCCUGGGUGUACAACUUGUCUGCUUGGGUUGGCCGAGAAAGCAUCAUGAAUGAUGAGUGUGAAGUUACACAGACAAGGCUUCUCUUUGCCUUCACAGUUGUAGAAAGAAUUUGUAUAGAAGUGUAAGGCACACUUUAGUAAGAACUCAUUGUUUCUGUUGUGUAAGAAUGUGAAAAAAAACAAAAACAAAAAUAAUAAACUUUGUUUUCUUA